AUGUCGAAAACACACACAAAGCCCCCGUCCUCGUCGGGGGCUACGACCUCCGGUGGACCUUCUUCCUCCUCAUCCUCCUCGCCCGCAGGUGGCACGACGUCUCCCGCCAACGUCCUGCACGUACAGCCUGAGAAACCUCAACACUACACGUACGUAGACCACACACAACCUCACGUGUAUAUACACACUAAAACACCACUGACGUUCGGAUAAUUAGUUCAAUUGCUCCUGUCGGAUUUUAAUUGAAGUCUUUUUUACCAGCUAUCUCUGGUCUGGAUUAGUGUGUACCAAUUCUAGUUAGGCAAUAUAAGUGAGAGGCCUACUGUUGACUGAGUUAGCGUGUUUUGGAUCUGUACAGUAGCCCUGGACUGUUUAGGGAGCUGGCAAUCUUUAGCUAGCCAUAUGUAGUGUUGACGUUUUGUGUCAGGAUAUGCUAAUAUGCAAUCAAAUUACAAUGUAAGACACUUUAAUUGGUCUAAUGGUCCAUAAGUGGUUCAUAAGUUGUCUGUGUGUCAAUGUGUUUUUUGAGAGAGAGAGAGAGAGAGAGAGAGUCUGAGAGGGACAUGUUUACAUCUGCAACAUAGGUGCAAAGUUGUGAUAACUGAUACCUGCAGCUUGCUAUUGUUCUUUUUUCGUGUCAAAUAUAAGACAUAUACUAAUGCACUACUCGUAUAUCUCUACCCAUUUCCUCUGUCCUGCUUUGUCGCCCAUAUGCAGGUAUCUGAAGGAGUUCAGGACAGAGCAGUGUCCUCUGUUUGUGCAGCACAAGUGUACCCAGCACCGGCCCUUUGCAUGCUUCCACUGGCACUUCCUGAACCAGCGUCGCCGCAGGCCCAUCCGCAGGCGGGACGGAACCUUCAACUACAGCCCAGAUGUCUACUGCACCAAAUACGACGAGGGCACAGGCACCUGCUCUGACGGGGACGAGUAAGUGUGUGUGUGUGUGUGUGUGUGUGUGAGAGAGAGAGAAAGAAAGUGUGUCCGUGUGCUGGGGGUACCAAGGAAGAUUUUUGAUUUGAUGUAUUGGUACACUGAUAGCAAAUAGACACAGACACUUGUUUUCUUCACACUAUUUUAUGGUUCACUAAAACCAAUGGUUUUUGGGGGUCUCAAAUUUGCCCUAUUGGGUCAAUCCUUGAGUUCUCCACAUUAAAGGCACGGGCAGACCGGUAGGAUUGCCGGCCGAGAGUACUUUGCACCUCUGAACAAUAAUUGUAAUUUGCAAACCGAUUCUACAUGUAGAAAAGGGGGAAAAUGAUGACCGUCAGUGGCCAACGGCGGGUGGUCCCUAUAACACAGCGAGUGAACGAACGUCAAACAAACGGCCCGUACUGUGCAGACCGACAAUCGGUCUGGUAAGUUUUAUCCUAAAGGUACAUAGAACAUGCUCUACAUUGCAUAAUAAAUCACCUGGGAAUCUGAGAUUGAGAUUUCUUUUCAGAUUGAGGGUACUGUUUAUAAAUGAGGUGUAACCAUUCAGUUGAAUAGCUGAGGUGAUGGUUGUUGACUGCUGUGAUUUGCAGAUGAAAACAGCACCUCACUCCUCCGGGCCAUGGCUCAGACAGAUCAGGAGAAGUGCUGACACAUGAUCACUUUCACACUUUCAGCCUAUUAACACACACAAGGGGAAUGCUAAUGUGGAAGACUGUGGCUCUGAGACAAUAUCACGUGACCCAGCAAGAUGUGUAGGUUGUUUUCCCAUUUGUGAUUUCCAGAUGUCCGUACCUGCAUCGUACGGCAGGCGACACAGAGCGGAGGUACCAUCUGAGGUACUAUAAGACAGGCUCCUGUAUCCACGAGACGGACGGGAAGGGCCACUGCAGUAAGAACGGCUCCCACUGUGCCUUUGCACAUGGAUCACAUGACCUACGAUGUCCCGUCUACGACAUCAGGUACAGGAUUACACACUGCAGUAGAGACACAUCAUCUUCUGUUCAUCUUCAAAUUAAGGUUUAGAAUAAUGACCCAAAGCCAGAGAUUUGUCUGUUUCAUUGUUCCACUUUCUAACUGGUCUCGUUGCCAUGUGUGUCCCUCUCCCCCUCUCCAGAGAGGUGCAGGUGAUGGAGUCUCAGGGGGGGUCGGGGGCUGCAGAGGGAGGAGGAGGGGGGGAAGGCCAGUCGGGGCUGGCGGCCAGUACUGCCCUCAUUGAGAAGAUCCUGAGUGAGGAACCACGUUGGCAGGGUACGACUAUACACAUGCACAUCCUUUAACUGAUCUAUAAAUAUACUCCAUAUGAAGGCCAUGAUUCCAAUACUAAUACAUUUCUCUCCCUUUCUCUCUCUGUAGAUAACACCUAUGUGUUGUCCCACUACAAGACAGAUCUGUGUAAAAAGCCUCCUCGUCUGUGUCGCCAAGGUUACGCCUGUCCCUACUACCACAAUAGCAAAGACAGGCGCCGUAGUCCACACAAACACAAAUACAGGUACAAAACAUGCACACAUCCAUUUGACACACACAGGUCAUAUGACCUGAACCAUCUGUUUUCUUCCCCAAAAAACAAUACUAAAGUGUGUGGGGUCUCUCUCUCUCUCCAGAGCAUUGCCAUGCCCAGCGGUGAAGCACAGUGAGGAGUGGGGAGACCCCAGUAAGUGUGAGGUGGCAGAGGGAUGCCAGUACUGCCACACACGCACAGAGCAGCAGUUUCACCCUGAGGUACGCGGUGCGGUCCAUCCUAACAUGCCCCUCAUCUCAAAUCAUAACUACGUCAUCAGUUUAGAUCAUUGGCAGAUUUGUGCCAAAGUUCAAGUUAGCUACAUUUGCUUAACACAAAUUAGAACUCUAUAUUAAAUGACUGUGUGUUUGUCUGGUGUUCUUCUCCAGAUCUAUAAGUCCACGAAGUGUAACGACAUGCAGCAGUGUGGCAGCUGCCCCCGAGGCCCCUUCUGUGCCUUUGCACACCUAGACAACAGUAAGUGUCUCACAACACCCUAAUCAUGUUGUAAAAUGAUAGUUAGCAAGUAAGUAACUGAUCUACUCUUUUUCUGCUCCUGUCCCCUAGAGCCCCCUAUCAGUGAAGAACCCUCGUUUCAGACCCCCAGCUCCCCACCUCUCCCCCCAGGACCCCAAGACCCUCACCCUGCCCAGGAAGGAUGCUCCAGCCCUGGGGGCCGAGGUGGAAGGUCUGGGUCUCUGUCUGGAGGGCCGUUCUCCCCGUCAGGUGGUGUGUGUGUGGCAGAGCAGGGCCUUUUAGGGAGGGUGCUGUCGUUGUGUGAGGACGUGUGUGGGGGAGGCGAACCCCUCUCCCCCUGGGCUGGGGAGGGGGGGUACGGUAGGGCACCGGGGUAUGAGAGGGAAGACCAUGCCAAACAGAAGAGUUUUACCAUGGAGCAACGCAACAGAGAAAUGGCGUCUCAUCACAGCAAACAGGUGCCUUUUUAUUGUUGUCAAAAUCAACCAGCUUCAACUAUAGUUACACAUUAUUGGCUUGGGUGUCUGUUGCUGCUUCAGCCAGCUUGUCAUUCAUUGUCUUGUUGUCUCUGUAAGGCAGCAAUAUCACAUUGUCGAAUGCAGAAACUAUUAGGCUACAUUGCUUAUUGUACUAUAACUUUACCACAGUCUGUAUAGUAGAUACCAUCACCACCCUUCUCUCUCUACCUCACUAGGACCUGUUGGUGUUCCUCCCAGUUGGUAGUCCACUGAGUCUGUCAUCCAGUGUUCCCUCCAGCCUAGCAGCCACCCCUCCCAGCCCGGCCCCUCCUGGACCCCUCCACCAGGGCCACCACCUCCACCACGGAGCCCCAGCACCAGGCCUCUUCUCGGGCAUGAAUGCCAACGCACUGCCCUUCUACCCCACCAGCGACACCGUCGAUUCUGUAGUGGGUGAGUCCGUCACACAAGCACAGUAGACUCUUUAAACUCUUAUUACUCUUCGUCAGAGGAGCUAGCCAUUGUAAAAUUAGCUAACUAUUGUAGUUCACUUCCUAACAUUCCAUUCAAUUAAAAAAACGUUAUUUAUCCCUGAGGGGCAAUUACAUGGGAUAUCUCUGAAGAAUAUUGCCACUGCAUCACUUGAUUGCUGUGGGACAGAUCUGACAGACUGAAGUUUUGUUUUGGUUGAUAAUGUUUUGUAUAGAGUCAGCUCUGGAUGACCUGGACCUGAAUGACUUUGGCAUGUCUGCCCUGCAGAGAAGCCUGGACAGCAGCUCAGCUCUUCCCAGAGCCAUGCUGGGUGGGUAUGGAGCCUAGACACACACACAUAAACACACACGCAUGCACGCACACACCUGAGUGGAAUGUCAUGAUUGAUUCAAUUAUUGAUUGAUGUUGCAGGAGGAAAUCAGCUCCAGAGUUCUGCUCCUGUCAACAUUCCAGGAUCCCUCUGCAGCUCCGCCCCUUUCAGCUCCCCCUCGCCCUCUCCACCAAUCAGAGCCCACCAAUCGCCAUUCUUCUCCUCCCAUCUAUCGCAGCCCAGCAAAUCAGAAAGCAGCUUCUUGGGGCCAUCACAUAGCUCUUUAGGUUUGUGGAUAUCUUUUUAGAUCAUGUAUUUUUCUGACCAAAAUUAGAGAUUUAAAAAUGUGUUUAAUUCUUUCAUUUCCCCAUACAUUCCAAAGACACCUCAGCUUAAUAAAUAUGUCUCAUGUGUUCCAUGUCUCCUGUAUUGCAGGUCUGAAUGGUAUGAGCAGUAGUAUCUGGGAGCACCCAUCAGGCCAGGGUUCCCCCGGUACGCCCCCGGCCCUGUUACCCACCAUGGGCCAGAGCAUGGAGACAGCCCGGGUCCGACAGGAACUAGACGAUGCUAACAGACUACUGAAACACUGGGACCACACCUGGAGACAUACAGCACAGGUACGAUGAGUAGGUGUGGGUUUGUGUGUGUGCUAGGUGUAUGUGUGUGUUAGUGUACACCAGUAAACCAACAAAAGGGUCAGACUAAAAUAUUUUCCCUCUCUUCCUUCCCCUUUUCUCCCUCUGUUACUCUCUCCCCUUUUUCUCUCAUCACCCUCUCCCUCUCUCUACAUCCCUCUCUCACUCCAGUCGUGGGCGGUGUUGAAGUCGGAUGCAGAGGAGUCUCGUGGCUCGGCCGGUCGGUCAGCUCUUGAAGCAGAGCGGGCCAGACAGGCUGAGGAGGCGGCGAAGAGACAGACCUCUCUCCUCCAGGAGGCGCUGGAGAGCAUGAGGACAGGAGAAAACCCACACCUGAGCCUACACCAGCUACAGCUGCUCCACAGACUGCCUCUAGAGUCUGUCCUCAGUUUGCAGGCCCAGCUCUGUACAUGUCUACACACCGUGGAACAGGUAAAGGAGACACACAGAUAUGUGCAGUGUACACAUGUGAACGCACAUACAGUGAGGGAAAAAGUAUUUGAUCCCCUGCUGAUUUUGUACGUUUGCCCACUGACAAAGAAAUGAUCAAUCUAUAAUUUUAAUGAUAGGUUUAUUUGAACAGUGAGAGACAGAACAAACAAAAAUUCCAGAAAAACACAUGUCAAAAAUGUUAUAAAUUGAUUUGCAUUUUAAUGAGGGAAAUAAGUAUUUGACCCCUCUGCAAAACAUGACUUAGUACUUGGUGGCAAAACCCUUGUUGGCAAUCACAGAGGUCAGACGUUUCUUGUAGUUGGCCACCAGGUUUGCACACAUCUCAGGAGGGAUUUUGUCCCACUCCUCUUUGCAGAUCUUCUCCAAGUCAUUAAGGUUUCGAGGCUGACGUUUGGCAACUCGAACCUUCAGCUCCCUCCACAGAUUUUCUAUGGGAUUAAGGUCUGGACACUGGCUAGGCCACUCCAGGACCUUAAUGUGCUUCUUCUUGAGCCACUCCUUUGUUGCCUUGACCGUGUGUUUUGGGUCAUGCUGGAAUACCCAUCCACGACCCAUUUUCAAUGCCCUGGCUGAGGGAAGGAGGUUCUCACCCAAGAUUUGACGGUACAUGGACCCGUCCAUCGUCCCUUUGAUGCGGUGAAGUUGUCCUGUCCCCUUAGCAGAAAAACACCCCCAAAGCAUAAUGUUUCCACCUCCAUGUUUGACGGUGGGGAUGGUGUUCUUGGGGUCAUAGGCAGCAUUCCUUCUCCUCCAAACACGGCGAGUUGAGUUGAUGCCAAAGAGCUCCAUUUUGGUCUCAUCUGACCACAACACUUUCACCCAGUUCUCCUCUGAAUCAUUCAGAUGUUCAUUGGCAAACUUCAGACGGGCCUGUAUAUGUGCUUUCUUGAGCAGGGGGACCUUGCGGGCACUGCAGGAUUUCAGUCCUUCACGGUGUAGUGUGUUACCAAUUGUUUUCUUGGUGACUAUGGUCCCAGCUGCCUUGAGAUCAUUGACAAGAUCCUCCCGUGUAGUUCUGGGCUGAUUCCUCACCGUUCUCAUGAUCAUUGCAACUCCACGAGGUGAAAACUUGCAUGGAGCCCCAGGCCGAGGGAGAUUGACAGUUAUUUUGUGUUUCUUCCAUUUGCGAAUAAUCGCACCAACUGUUGUCACCUUCUCAGCAAGCUGCUUGGCGAUGGUCUUGUAGCCCAUUCCAGCCUUGUGUAGGUCUACAAUCUUGUCGCUGACAUCCUUGGAGAGCUCUUUGGUCUUGGCCAUGGUGGAGAGUUUGGAAUCUGAUUGAUUGCUUCUGUGGACAGGUGUCUUUUAAACAGGUAACAAGGUGAGAUUAGGAGCACUCCCUUUAAGAGUGUGCUCCUAAUCUCAGCUCGUUACCUGUAUAAAAGACACCUGGGAGCCAGAAAUCUUUCUGAUUGAGAGGGGGUCAAAUACUUAUUUCCCUCAUUAAAAUGCAAAUCAACUUCUAACAUUUUUGACAUGCGUUUUUCUGGAUUUUGUUGUUGUUAUUAUGUCUCUCACUGUUCAAAUAAACCUACCAUUAAAAUUAUAGACUGAUCAUUUCUUUGUCAGUGGGCAAACAUACAAAAUCAGCAGGGGAUCAAAUACUUUUUUCCCUCACUGUACACACAGAGCUAUGCUUGUUGAUGUGAAACAUUCCCCAACUAACCAGCAGACUUCUCUCUCUUUCUCCCCUCUCCAUCUCACCCCCCUAUCCAGGUGGUGUAUAGAAAGCAGUGUCAAUGUUGUGUGACAUGUGGAGAGCAGGGAUCGGUCUCUCUGCCUUGUGGACACGGUCUACUGUGUGACAGCUGCACCAGCUCUACAGAGUGCCCCCUUUGCCCAGAACAGACCCUAGAUCAGUUAUCCUGACCUAACUCAUCAACUAUCUAUAGCCCAGCAGAUCCCCCAACACUGAUCUCAGACCAGCCUCACACCAGCCAUACUCACUCAAACAGCCCAGUUGACCCGAACACUGACUUUAGACCAGAUCCAGACCAGUUGUUCUUACGCUAUGUAGUAUACUCCAUUGUAUCUUACCUCUGA